GAAAGCUCUCGGUGAUAGGAACUUACCUUGAUAUCGUAUUCAUAGUUGCUAAACGCUCAUAAAGGAAUGCUUGGUAAGAUGUAUCAGAGGGGCUGUUGCGCAAAUCAACUAACCUCCAUACAAGAGUUGAUCCAGGUCAAUUCCAGUGUUUGAACCACACUUUGCCCAAUGACAGGCUCGAAUCUCUCUGUACCAUGACCUCCUAUAUCCUACAGCCUCACUAAACCAUAUCAGGCAAUCCGACAUCUUAUCACCCCAUACCCAGCUCCCAAGACCGCCAAGCUUUCCCAAUCGCAUCCUUUACAAUUCAAUUGCUUGUCCUCUUCACGUGUCUCAGCGACUUAGAAUCUAGAACCGACCCGCAUCUCCAGUUCGCCCCCGAGCUAUCUCUGUUUAAGGGUUGAUCCCGCAAGGAUAAUGCUCCAAUCAUCCCCGCAGACCUCGGCCUACUCCGUAUGGGGUGAAGGCACAAAAAAAAGUUACACAAGGGAUGAGGCAGGGAAAUAAAAAACCUCGGCUGCGGUAUUUUCGUCCUGAUUUAUUCCCUUUUUUACGAAAAACCUGUCAUUUCUCAUUUUGGUUGAGCACGCGACAUCAGCUUUCCAAGAUGGCUGCUAUUCCCGAUCCCGAAAAGGAGUCUAAAUCCGAAACGCCAAACAUUGCCAAUGAGGAUCAGCUUGGAGUUCAGAAUGUGUAUGGCGAUGAAACGCAUAGAAGGCUGAAGGGCCGGCAUAUCCAACUUAUUGGAAUUGGAGGAACCAUCGGCACUGUUCUCUUCGUAUGUCUUACAGUUCUCUUCGAAGCUACGACUGAGCCUCCGACCUAACAAUUCAACCAAUGGCUAACAUCAUUCCCAGGUCCAAAUCGGCAAAGGUCUAAUGCAAGGCGGUCCAGGAAGUCUUUUCAUCGCCUUCUCCUUCUGGUGUCUAAUCGUCCUCACCAUCACAAUGUGCAUCGCCGAAAUGGUCUCUUACACGCCAAUCUCAUCUCCGUUCGUCCGUUUUGCGGGUAUCUACGUCGACGAAGCUCUCGGAUUCGCCUCAGGCUGGAAUUUCUUCAUCUUCGAAGCUGCGCUGGUGCCCUUCGAAGUCACGGCUUGUCAUUUUAUUCUUCAAUUCUGGACCGAUGCGAUUCCCGUUGGCGCGACUAUUGCAGUGAUUAUUGUGCUGUAUGCGCUUAUCAAUCUCAUGGCGAUUCAGUAUUUUGGCGAGACGGAGUUUUGGGCUGCCAUCGGAAAAGUCAUUUUGAUUGUUGGACUGAUCUUCUUUACGUUUAUCGUCAUGGUUGGUGGAAAUCCGCAGAAAGACGCGUUCGGGUUUACGUACUGGAAGAGUCCUGGAGCGUUUGCCGAGCUCUACUACGAUGGUGCCUUGGGUAAAUUCGUGGGCUUUCUGGCUUGUCUCAUUCAAGCAGCCUUCUCCAUCGCUGGUCCUGAUUAUGUCGCCAUGGCAGCUGGAGAAGCCGAAAACCCUCGCAAGAUUCUGCCCCGGGCUUUCAAGACGGUGUUUUACCGGCUGACUUUCUUCUUCGUGCUCGGAUCGCUCUGCGUGGGCAUUCUAGUGCCUUACGAUGACCCAAACAUGAUUGCUGCUUUCAGGGAUGGCAAGUCCGGAGCCGCUGCUUCACCAUACGUUAUCGCCAUGGAUCGUCUUGGGAUCCGGGUUCUGCCGCAUAUCGUCAACGCCAUGAUUCUGGUAUCGGCGUUUUCCGCCGGCAACUCCUACGUAUUCUGUGCGACGAGAUCUUUGUAUGGUCUUGCACUUGAAGGGAAAGCACCGAGGUUCUUGAAAAUCUGCACAAGAACAGGUGUGCCCAUUUACUGCGUCCUUGUUGUUCUGCUCAUCGCUCUGCUAUCGUUCCUUCAACUAUCGAAUAGCUCAGCUGUUGUUCUGAGUUGGUUUGUGUCUUUGGUCACAGCCUCUCAGCUGAUCAACUUCUCCGUCAUCUGUCUCACAUACCUUUGCUUUUAUCGUGCAACAAAGGUGCAGGGUUUCGACCGCUCGACGUUACCUUAUCGCGCGUGGUUUAUGCCAUAUGCUGCUUACGUCGGACUAGUUGCGACUUUUAUCAUGGUAUUUGUUGGAGGAUAUACUGUGUUCCUGCCAGGAAUGUGGGAUGUUCCUAGCUUCUUGUUCUCAUACACAUCAGUUGGACUGUUCCCAGUGUUUUAUGUCGGAUGGAAAAUUGCUCACAAAACAAAGAUUAUCAAGCCAAGCGAGAUCGAUCUACGACAUAACUUGGCUCCGAUUGAAGAGUACGAGAGAAACUAUGUGUCUAAACCGCCAGCAAAUUGGUUCGAGAAGGUUUUGCACCUUUUAUUCGGUUGAGAGCAUGAUGCAGCAUGAGAAUUUGCAAGUCUCAAGAGCAGGAAGCAGGCAAACUGGAGAGAAAAUAACAAUAUGGUUUGGCGACAUGACUGAGCAUUUCUGUAUAUCUACUGGCGAAAAUACUAGACGGCAUCUGGGGCGGUUAGAUAAAAAGGGCAACUAGCAUACGACGAUACCCAGGUUCAAUCGCAAAGCUAUCAUUUCUUUCAAGCACGCAUUUGAAAACAG